AUCUGCUUUCUCGUCCUUCUCCAAUCUCCGUGUUGUUGUUCCCGGUGACGCGGCGGAGGUGUAGCCUGACGCGGGCUCUUACGUGUCGGCCAGAAUAAAAGUGGAGCUCCGGAGGCCUGGGAGUGACGAAGGGAGACUGUAUCGGUUACAACAUCAGGUUAGCCAAUGAAGAUGGAGUCAGCAGCAGAGGUUCAGCAGGGGGCAGAGACUGCUGUGACUGAGACGGAGAACCAGCAGAUCACCCCGGCACAGAUUGCUACUUUGGCGCAGGUGUCCAUGGCAGCAGGACAUGCUUCAGCAACAGGUCCCACAGUAACACUGGUACAGCUGCCCAACGGACAGACGGUUCAGGUCCACGGUGUGAUCCAGGCUGCGCAGCCAUCUGUAAUCCAGUCCCCACAGGUCCAAGCCGUACAGAUCUCCACCAUAGCAGAAAGCGAGGAUUCGCAGGAGUCUGUAGACAGUGUGACCGACUCUCAGAAGCGCAGAGAGAUUCUGUCACGGCGCCCCUCAUACAGGAAAAUUCUGAACGACCUUUCGUCUGAUGCACCUGCUGUCCCUCGUAUCGAGGAAGAAAAGGCCGAAGAAGACUCAUCUGCUGCUGCCGCCACACCUGCAAUCACCACUGUUACUGUCCCGACACCCAUCUACCAGACCAGCAGCGGCCAAUACAUUGCAAUCACACAGGGUGGAGCCAUUCAGUUGGCCAAUAAUGGCACAGAUGGAGUACAGGGCCUUCAGACUCUGACUAUGACCAAUGCAGCAGCAGCCCAGCCUGGUGCCACCAUACUGCAGUAUGCACAGACCAGUGACGGCCAGCAGAUACUGGUUCCCAGCAACCAGGUGGUGGUCCAAGCUGCCUCAGGUGACGUUCAGGCCUAUCAGAUCCGAGCAGCCCCUGCCAGCACCAUUGCUCCCGGGGUAGUCAUGGCCUCGUCCCCUGCUCUUCCGACCCAGGGUGCCACUGAGGAGGUCACCAGAAAACGCGAGGUCCGCCUCAUGAAGAACAGAGAGGCGGCCCGUGAAUGUCGCAGGAAGAAGAAGGAAUAUGUUAAAUGUCUGGAGAACCGAGUGGCCGUUCUGGAGAACCAAAACAAGACACUAAUUGAAGAACUUAAAGCCCUUAAAGACCUUUACUGCCAUAAAUCAGAGUAGUUGCACUCCUGAACACCACACUGGGCCAAGUAGCAUUUCAAUACCUUUCAAAUGCUUUGACUGUUUCUGUCCACCUGGCCUUCCGGUUUGCCCUUGCCUGGUCUUUAUCCCCACCCCCACAAAAUGGCUCAAUCCAGAAGACUGUUAUUACAAUAAAUUUAAAAAACAAAAGUUGUGUACUGUUAUCAAGGUCUGAUGAGAAAAACUGCAAAAGUGCUAACUGAUACUUCAUAGGCAAUUACAAUACAGAUCGCAAUGACAAGCAUAUGACAGUGGUUAGCAUGCUGCUUUGUGUACGAGCCUGAGUUUUAUUGUCAUAGUUUUGGCUGAUGCCCAGAUCAUUUAGUCUAAUGUUGCUUCACAGAAGAAGAAGAAAUCCUGAUAUCUGCUUGUUUUGUUUUCUGUUUGUUUUUUCUUUGAGUAAAUGGUUCAACUUCCAGACCAACUUGAAGAUGCAAAUCAUUCAUAAUGGUUUACUGAGGUACUAACUUUUACUAUCUCUCUUCCAAGUUCAAGUUUGUUUUUUUGUUUUUUUUACUUGAAUCAAGGUUCAGUUGUUGAAAAACAGUUUAUUUUCUGGCCUCACUGGACUCCCGUAGAGUCCUGCAUUUACUAUGUAAGCAAUAAUGCCAUCUUUAAGUUGGCCUUGGAGUGUCACUGUUGUAGCUGUCGCUUGCUGUUUAAUUUGCCCAGUGGUUUUGGUUUAAUAUCAAACUGUAAGGCAAGAACUAUUUUCACUGUGUCCUAAUAUGUGAGUCAAUAGAAACUUGCCAAAAAAGGUUUUGUUGCAGUGGCGCAAGAUCACAUUGAAGGCAGUCAGCUUUGAAAAUGUUUACUCGCCAAAACUUUGACAAGAACACAAAGCUUGUUUUAAAAAGAAGGGGGGGGGCAUUGGUUGAUUUGUUUUUUUAUUUUAUUUAUAUACAUAUAAAAUUAUCUUGUCAAUUGAUAUUUUUCCAGCUGUACUUUUUUUUUUUUUUACUUUCUGGAAAAUAGCCAAUAUGUUGCUGUACCAGGCAAACCCAGUCAGUUGCAGUUAAAGGCUUUGAAUGAAACAUGAAUUUCUACUUGAUCCACUCGUUUAUGUGAACCACGUUGUAAAGGGGACUCUACAGCUAAUUAGGCACAAACAAUCCUUUUUUGUCUUCUAAAUAUUUGUAAUGAUGCUACCAACUGCCAAAAAGGAAGAAAGUGGAGCUACGUAGGUGCAAGCAGAAAGUUGAUUGCCGCAGUCGUAUGUGUUAUAUAAUGAAAUGGUAAUAUUACAAUUUUCUAUUCAAUGCUUUUUUUUCUCAUGACGAUUGUCGCUACUCCCGAAAGAUCAUUAGCACUGUUUUAAAGGCAGAUUAUUUUUGUUACAAUCUAGACUAAGUUUUUAUAGUUUUAGUAAAGAUUCCUAGUAAUUCUGGGAACAUUUUACUCAUUAGCUUAAGGAAAAUUUUCAAUUUUAGACAUUAGGUAUAUUCAUGGUUUAAAUUAUUAAAGUGUUGCAUUUGCCAAUGCACGCUCUUAAUUUGGUGCGUAAAAUGCUCUCACAACAAAAUUUUAGAGGAUUAAAAGAAGAAGGAAGCAAGCCCAAGUAACACAAGCGACAAACUUUUGUUUUGUUUUGUUCUUUAAUCUUAUUUCCAUUUUGCAGUGUCUGUUAAAUGAUGGUAAAAUCUGAAUUGUGACACCACAAGAUUGCGGGUCAUUUCUGGAUAUGUAGCAGAUUGGAUCCUUGGUGAACUCUACAGAAGAUAACGGCUACAGUAACAUGAGUUUAACUCUAAUAACCCGUGAAGAUGUACACUCCAUUGAGAGGAGAUCACUUUGUGGGACUGUGUGUGGUUUUUGAACAGAUAUGUGUAUGUAUUUGUGUGUUUAUUUUUUUAUAUUACUGUACAUAGACUCUACAGCAUGUGUAGAACUCAUGUAUUUCUGUUUGUUUGAUAUGGAAAAAAAUGUUCUUAUGGCUUGUAUGAAAAUCAACUUUGCAUAUUUGUAACAUAUAUCAGUGUAUAAUUGAAAGAAAUGUAUGUGUGUAUUCAUGUUAUCCACCGGGCCUACCACCGUCAUGGCAGCUAGUGUAUGAGAAAAGGCCUUCAAUGGAGAUGUUAUAUUUUGGAGUGUUCUUUAGGAUCAGUAGUGUUUGUAGACAAAAACAAGUCUGUUGAGAAGCAUUUGGGGUCCACAAGAUAUAUCAGCUUCACAAUUUUGUCAUUGGAAAACUUUAUUAGGUUUCCUAAACAUAUCUUUUGUCUAUGCUCAUGGAAUUUGAGAAUAUCUUUCCCAUUGUUUAGGGUGACUUUCAAAAUAAAAUGUAUUUCAUAAGAAAGCAAUAUUUGUUUUAACAGAACAUAGUGGGGAGUUUUAGCAGUGAUACGAUAUGUAUAUCAACUGUUUCUGUUCAAACAAAUGUUAUAUUAUAUUGUUGUGACAUAAAUUUGUUAUGAAAAUCAUUCUAAAUGAGCAGAACCUCCAGCAGGUCUAAGUUAAGAAAUUAAAGCACAGUUUUUAUUUUUUCUUAUGUCAAUUCAAUCUUUCAUUCAUUUUAACCAGAACAUUACUGCAAUCCUCUCUAAUGAAAAGUUUGAGGCAUUUUUAGUAGGAAAGAUGCUGACAUGAAAACUUCAAAAGCUAGAAAGGGAAAUUUAAAAAAUGUCCUUCAGCCCACGGUUGUGAUCUUUAUACUCAUCAACAAGUCGUUUGGUCCACUUAUUAGCAUUUGGGAAGCAUUUGAAAGCUUUGUUCAGAGCUUUCAAAUGCUUCCCGCUCUUCAGCUACACAUUUGCACAACAGAGUGCGGACUUUGAUUUAAAGCAAUCUGUAGAAUUCGUAAAGUCAUAAAUAAUGUUCUUGUACUGCACUCCAGGGGAUGAUGAUGAUGAUAAAGUCUGAUGAUCGAGAAAACCAUAAAUGGGCUAAAAAUCUGUAUUUAGUAAUAAAUGCAUGGUGAGUGCCAGGGCUCUAACAGUGUGUUCAGGGAUUGGUAGCAGUGACAACUUUUAGAUACCAGUGCCAUUAUGAUGCGACAGAGAGGAAAUGCAAGAAAGUCAACCCCUUUGUAAUUCAAACUUUCAGUGGUGCUUAUAUUAAAAAAAAAAAAAUCUAGUAAUAACUUUCUUUUCUGUUGAUUUGAUAUGGUGAGCUCAACUUUGUGAUGUGAUUACACAAUAUCUUUUAAACGAUAAUUGUUUUGAUUUCUGUUUGUGUGCCAGAAUAAUUUGUAACAACGGGCCUCGUUUGUGCAUGUAACAGAACGAUAUCCAUGUGUGUAAAGGUGUGUAUAUAUAAACAGGAUUUCUAGAACAGUAAUAAUGACAUUUUUUCUAACUUUUAAUGUGAUGAGUUUGUAUAUUGCCACUUUUGCAAGUUAUCAAUUGAAAAUGCCAUGUAUCAUACGGUACCUUGUAUAGACGGGGUUGCCAGAUGAAGAAUUCAAUACUGUUUGUUUAAACAUUGUCAAAUUAUAAAACUAUACCAGCCCAUUAUUUCAAAGUGCUGUUACUCUGGCAUUAUGUCACUCUUUUGUAAACACUUGCUAUGUCACAAUAAACUGAUACUGAAGAUUAUA